AUGGCGCCUGGACACUUUCGCAAGCCUCCCCAGGCCCCGCCGAGUUUCACGGCCACCCCCGACUCGGUAGUGGAAGAUACCAAGAAGUUGCUCGCCAGUUCGAAGAAGAUCACAGACGAUAUCGUCGCGUCCAUACGGGCGAAGGAUGCCAAUUUCCAUAACGUGCUCCUGCCCAUGGCGCACGAUGAGAACCAGCAGUCACUGAAGACACAUAUCCUUGGCUUCUAUCAAUCUGUGUCUACGGACCAAGCAUUGCGCGAUGCAUCGACCGAGGCUGAAAAGCUGAUGGAUGAUUUCAGCAUCGAGGCUGCCAUGCGGGAAGAUGUCUUCCAACUGGUGGAUGCUGCGCUGAAGAGAGGAGACAAGCUGGACGCCGAAUCGCAGCGGCUGCUCGAGAAGGAACACAAGAGCUAUGUGCGGAACGGCCUGAAUAUUCCUGCAGGGCCAAAGCGAGACCGGUUCAAGGAAAUCAAGAAGAGACUCAGUCAACUCAGCAUUGCGUUUUCCAAAAACCUGAACGAAGAGAAGGGUGGUUUGUGGUUUACCGCUGAAGAAUUGGACGGCGUCCCCGAAGAUGUCAUCUCCUUACUGAAGAAGGAAGACGGCAAGUACUGGCUGACAUUCAAGUACCCCGAUCUCUUUCCUACUCUCAAGUACGCCACCAACACUGCCACUCGGCAGAAGGUUUUUGUCGCAAACGAAAACAAGUGCAACCAGAAUGUCCCGCUCUUCAGGGAAGCCAUUCUUUUGCGAGAUGAAGCCGCUCGCUUGUUGGGAUAUCCAAAUCACGCCGCCUUCAGGAUCGAAGACAAGAUGGCCAAAACGCCCAAGACUGUGGACGACUUCCUCGGAGACUUGCGCAGCAGACUCAGCCAGGGCGGCUUGGACGAGAUUGAGACGCUGAAGGCGCUGAAACAGGCAGACGUGGAGUCUCGGGGUGAGAAGUUCGAUGGGCACUACUUCCUGUGGGACCAUCGUUUCUAUGAUCGAAUGAUGGAGGAAAAGGACUAUCAGCUCGACCAGCAGUUGAUCUCCGAGUACUUCCCUCUGCAGACGACAAUCCAAGGGAUGCUUGAGAUCUUUGAACAAUUGUUUGGGCUGGCAUUUGUCGAGAUCGUGGGUGCGGACCGUGACGCCAUCGCCAGCUCAGGGAAGGGUUCGGAUAUUGUAUGGCACGAGGAGGUCCAAGUAUUCAGUGUCUGGGACGACGAGGGCGAAGGUGCCGGCUUUGUGGGAUACCUGUAUCUUGACCUGUUCCCCCGGACCGGCAAGUACGGACACGCCGCCAACUUCAAUCUUCAACCUGGAUUCAUCACCGAGAACGGCACGAGAAGAUAUCCUGCCACAGCACUUGUGUGCAACUUUUCCAAGCCAACGGCUAAGAAGCCGAGUUUGUUAAAACACGACGAGGUCACUACACUCUUCCACGAACUGGGCCAUGGUAUCCACGAUCUGGUGUCACGAACGACAUACUCCCGCUUCCACGGCACCAACACCGUCCGGGACUUUGUGGAGGCACCAAGUCAAAUGCUCGAGAAUUGGUGUUGGACUCCAUCCCAAUUGAAAGCAUUGAGCAAACACUACUCGACGUUGUCGUCGGACUACUAUGCCGCCUGGAAAGAAGCGGCGGGCGCGGAGGGGAAACCUGAGGAGCGCAUCCCAGACGAUCUCAUUGAGAAGUUGAUCAAGACCAAGAACCUGAACGGCGCACUGUUCAACCUUCGCCAGCUACACUUUGGUAUUUUCGACAUGGCCAUCCACGAGCCCAAGGACCACGACAGCCUCGAGGCCAUGAACAUUUCCGAGACGUACAAUUUCCUAAGGAAGGAUAUUAGCAAGAUCGAGGGUCCUGAGGUGCUCGGAGAAGGGCACGGCUGGGGCAACGGACAAGCCACUUUUGGUCAUCUGAUGGGUGGUUACGAUGCCGGCUACUACGGCUACCUCAGCUCUCAAGUCUACUCCACCGACAUGUUCUACUCGGUUUUCAAGAAGAACCCCAUGGAUCCCAAGGAAGGCCGACGAUACCGCCACACAGUGCUCGAAAAGGGAGGCAGCCAGGACGAAAUGACCACGCUGAUCGAUUUCCUCGGCCGAGAGCCCAAGACCGAUGCCUUUUACGAGGAACUUGGCAUUACCAAAGGAACUCAGUAG